AUGGCGGAUCCCUCGCUCACAUCGCUGGUCACGGAGCUUGCGAAGCUCGCUGCCGACUAUGUGCCUCCCACAGGACAUGACGCGGCAUCGCAAGCGCCCAAGGUGGCACUGGUUAACCUCAGCAAGAAGAUCAUGUACUCGCUCAUGGACCCUGGGAUGCUGGUGCAAGCACAUUCGCUCCAGAUGGCUGAAAUGGUCUCUAUCCGGACCCUGCUUGAUCUGAAGGUCUUUGAGAAGAUCCCGACAGGCGAUGGCCAGACCAUCACGGCCAAAGAGCUCAGCGAAAAGUCAGGCGUUCAGGAUACUCUGCUUGAACGGCUUCUCCGACCUCUCGUCGCUUCAGGUUUCAUCACCCAGUCAUCGGACGGGUCGUACGGGUCAACCAAGUUCUCGCAGGCCUACAUCUCGUUCCCCGGCCUGUUCUUCACGCUGAUGUUCGACCACUUUCUGCAGCCCAUGACCGAUCUGCCCAAGUAUCUCAAGACGCACGGGCCGGUGGAGCCGACGUCGUUCUACGUCAACCCCUACUCCGACUACCACCAGGCGAGCGACUCGGGCCUGACGACCUGGGAGAUCAUGUCCAAGGAUCCGGAAAAGCUGAAGACGUUCCAGAUCGGCCUGACCCUCGGUGACACCAUGGUCCCGGUCACAGGGUACUACGACUUCGACCAGCUUGCUCUGACGCCAGAAGAGCUGGAAAGGGAUCCCGACCGAGUGAGUCUGGUCGACAUCGGCGGCGGGGUCGGGAACGUCGUCAAGCGCAUUCUGCAAGACUAUAAGAAGCUCAAUCCCAAGAACGUCGUGCUGCAGGACCAGGACAACAUCAUCGACAUGGCCGACAAGGAGAAGACCCCUCCUGAAGGGGUGAGGCUGGUCAAGCAUGACUUUUGGGGCCCACAGCCUAUCAAAGGUGCCAAGGCGUACUAUUUCCGCCGCGUCUUCCACGACUACAGCGACGAGCUGUGCGCCAAAGCACUACGCCAGAUCGUGCCGGCCAUGGCGCCCGACUCGCGCAUCCUCAUCGCCGACAUGCUGCUGCCGGACAUCAUGACCGAGAAAGAAGCCCACACGGCCGCCCUCGAUGUCGCAUGCAUGGUGAUGGGCGGCAAGGAGAGGACCGAAGACGACUUCCGCCGCCUGUUCGACAGCGUCGGGCUGGACCUCGUCGCUAUCCAUCGCGCACCCGGGGCGGCAGCGGGCGUCGUCGAGGGGAAAUUGAAGACCGAGUAA